AUGGACCCUGGGCCCGGGUGUUACACGGAGCUCUGCGCCCCGAGCCAUGCCAGGUCCAUAUCGAGCUCCAGGAGCCCACUGGUGAAGCCCUCCGAGGAGCUGAAGACCGUGUACUUGGUGCGGCAUGCCGAGUCCAUGGAGAACGUUCGUGUGCACGCCUUGGACCGGGCCUUCGGUCAGCUACGAACUUGGAAAGCGCCUGCUUGCGACGAUGUCUGCUCCUCGCUGAGGCUUCUGUGCUUCGACCUUGACACGCCACUGUCCAUGCGAGGGGAGCGGCAGCUGAAGGACGUCGAGGCCCAGCUUUCCGACUGCAGCUUCCUUCAGAAGGCGGAUCCCCAGCUCAUCGUCUUCAGCCCGCGGCGUCGCGCGGUGCGGACGCGGGAGGUCCUCUUCGGAAGCGAGGUGCCAAGCAAAGCGAUGACGCAGCUUGUGGAGCGCACACCCAUGGAGGGCCUCUGCCCGGCCCAGUUCGCGGAACGGGUGCAAGGCUUCAAGGACUGGCUUGCGAAAACGCCGGAGACGCGGAUCGUGGUCGUUGGGCAUUGCCAGUUCUUCGCACGGCUCUUGGGCAAAGGAGCCGGCUACGAUCGCUACCUGAGCAAUGCCGAGGUGAAGCGCUGCUACUUCGACCCGACAAGUGGCGCCGGGGCCCUUGGUUCUGUCUGGGUUCCCUUAGUGCCUUCGGGGUCGCGGGCUUCUUUUCUUCCGGACAGCCAGAAGUUGCAGAAGCUGGAGGCAAGGACUCCGACCCAAAGCAAGCCCGAAAGCAAAACGCAAGUCUGUUCGGCUGAGGCUUUCGACAUUCCUAUCUCCAUGUUCGUGCCGCAGGAGAGCGACAGCAGUGGAGAAGACGCUUAG